ACUUAUAAAUAAGCCCGUUGUCAGUGAAUUCUCAAUCACUCGAACUCUUCGCCUUGACCAUGCGCCACAGUCUUCAGUUGAUUGUCUUGUUGUCGCUGCUCGCUGCCCUGCUGAGCGUUGUCAGUGGCAUGCCUUGGGGCUGGGGUCCAGCGUCUAAUGGCGGACCCAUAGGUGGUCCUGGCUGGAAUGGCGGACCAGACCAAUCAACGGAUAAUAUUAUUCUGCAUCAACGCAGCAAAUGGCGUCUAUAAAGCUAAUGCAACUUUAGCAGUUACUUAUAAUUAAGUAAAGUUCAAUUUGUUUACAACAAAUUUUAAUAAAACAUAUUUCAAUAAAACGCAUUAAGCUGUA